AUGCUUAGAUAAUUGUGUUUGAGAUUUAGGUUUUGCUAAGUCAUCAACAAGGAGAGUGUUUAAAUAUACAAUACAAUCUCGUAAAAAAUAGAAUAGCAACCCUUCAAGGCAUCAAUAGUCGACAUUUGGAAAUUGUCAUCCAUCAACCUAAUGGAUAAUCAGCUUUGGGAAAAGACGGAAGUACAAUUUUCAAAGUGGUUGAACCAUAUUGAUAAUGAAGAUUUAACAAAAAUGGGAUUUCUCAUAUCUAAGCAUCAUCAAUUGUUAUCUUUAAGAGCAAAAUUGCAAUAUGAAAACAGAAUUAGAAAAUUAUCAAAAACUUUGACUGAAAAACAAAUAUCCUCGCUUAUAGAAAAGAUAUUCCACAUAUGCACAGAAAAUACUAAGACUUUGUUGAUUCAAUUGUUCUUAAAUUAGUAAAAUUUGGAUAAUCUAAAUCAGAUGAAGUCUCUAUUAAUUAUUUUAGAAAAUAGCAAGAUCAUGCUUCAACCUAUAUUGGAGAGGUUGAAAUCCCUUUCAUCCAUUACAGAGUUCAACAAUUACGAUGAAAUCAUUGUUUAUCUGCAAUUAUUUUAUAGCAAUCUGAUUCAUAAUUGGAUUUAAUAAAUCUCUCAUAGAUAGGAAACCAAAACCAAAUUGAAUGAGAUUAUUUAUGGUAACAAAAGCAAUGCAUCAUCAUCCAAAAUUGAUCCCUAAUUAAAUUACCUAAACUUAGAUGACAUUUACAAAGAAAUCAACAGGUAAUCAACUGAGGAAUCUUUGGAAUUUAAACGAUUUUUAGCAUUUAUUUAAUUCAUCAGAGCCUGCAAAUAUAAGAAUGUUUCAGUCAAGAAUAAGCUUGAUAUUUCCCAGUUAUAUUAAAAAAUUAUCCUUAAACUUACACCUCUUGAAAUUAUUUAAAUGAUUAGCGAAUUGGAUCAACUUAUACCUAUUGAUAUUUAGAUUAAUUGCUUAAAAUAAUAUGUCAAAAGCAAUGAACUACAAAUGAAUAAUAAUUAUUAUAUAAUGUUUUAAACUGCUAAUCUUAAAUAUUUAUAAAGUCAAGAACUAAGCGAACUUUUUAUUUCCAAUAUAAAAUACACUAUUGAAAGUUUCAACAUUAAUAAUCUGUCAGAACUAUACUCCUUGUUAUUGAAAACUGAGAGUACUUUCAAAGAUUUGCAGCCAAUGGUUUUAGAAAUGAGACAAAAAACGAAAGAUAUUACCAUUAAAACAAUUUAGAUUAAUAAUAGUAUUAAAAUUAAUUGCGCUUUAUAAAUCACAAAAUUAUAUAAUCUGUCGAAUGAAGCUUUAUAAAUUCUUUGGGAGAAAGUUAUAAUUGAAGAUCUUCCAUAGGUUUAGUAGAUUUUGGUGGUGUUGAGAUCGUAUGUCAGUCAUAAUAAGAUGUCAGAGGAUUAAUUGAAUCUUAUUUAAAGGAUCUUGAGGAAUAAGUUCUAGAUAACAUAAAAAUGA